CUGGCUUGCAGUUUGACAGCAACACGCAAACUAUGGUUUGCCAAUUUCUCAAAUCAAAACAAACAUCGGUUUAUAAACAAAAGCAGCUUGGUUUAUGACUGUGAAGAAGCAGCUAUGGCGAUUAAGUGGUGGUGUCUUUACUACAAUCCUAUAUUGUGGUGGUGCUUGAGCUCCUUCAGCCCAGCCACUUGCCUGCAAAAUGAGACUGAUCGACUUGCUUUGAUAUCCUUCAAAGAUGCAAUACAAGAAGACCCAUUUCGAGUCUUCAAUUCCUGGAAUAAUUCACUGCCCUACUGCCAUUGGCAUGGAGUUUCAUGCAGUCUCAGGCAUCCUGACAGGGUCAUAGCUUUGAACUUGAGUUCACAAGGCUUGGUAGGAUCAUUAUCACGACACAUAGGUAACCUAUCAUUUCUCAGGAGCAUCAAUUUCGAGAACAACAGCUUCCAUGGCCAAAUCCCACCAGAGCUUGGUCGUCUGCGCCGCCUGCAAUAUAUUGAUCUCAGCAACAAUUCAUUCCAAGGUAAUAUACCUGCCAACUUAUCCCAUUGUUCAAACCUCGUGUUUCUUGAUCUCAUCGACAACAAGCUAGUAGGUCAUAUACCUGCUGAGCUUGGCUCUUUAUCAAAGCUUGAAGUUCUAGGCUUGGGCAAGAAUAAACUCUCUGGAAAUAUUCCCCCCUCCAAUGGGAAUCUCUCAUCUCUUUGGGAGUUAUAUCUGGAAAAGAAUGUGUUACAAGGACGGAUUCCUGAGGAAAUUUCUGGACUUGGGAAAUUGAAAUAUUUGAUCCUUUCAGAAAAUAAUCUAAUUGGUGAGAUUCCUAGUGCCCUCUUCAACAUCUCCAGCAUUGAAGGAUUUUAUGUGGAUUCAAACCAACUAAACGGAAACGUCCCCUCUGACGUAGGUCUCACUCUUCCAAACCUGGUCUAUCUUGUCCUUGAAUACAACAGGUUUACUGGACCUAUCCCAAUUUCACUGUCAAAUGCUUCUGAGCUUCAACAAAUUGUUUUUGGGUCUAACAACUUCUCUGGGUUAAUUCCCAAAGAACUUGGAAUCCUACCCCAUCUUCAAUACCUAACCCUUUUUAAAAAUCAGCUACAAGAUGACUUGAGUUUCAUUAGUUUCUUGACUAAUUGCUCCAGUCUAGUAAGUCUCGAAUUAGAAUCAAAUUUUCUGAAUGGGACCGUGCCCAAAUCCAUAGCCAAUCUCUCGAAAGACCUACUUCUUCUAUCUCUGUCAGAUAAUCAGUUAUAUGAUUCGAUUCCCUUGGGUAUUGAAAAUCUUCUUAAUAUCAGAUUCAUACAGCUGGAUGGUAAUUAUUUCACUGGCCCUAUACUUGUUGAUUUUGAGAAACUUGCGCAUUUGGAAUGGUUGGAUUUGAGUUAUAACAUGUUCACAGGGAUGAUUCCAUCUUCUAUUAGUAAUUUAUCUUUGCUGGGUCGUCUCUUCCUGGGGUUCAACAAUUUCAAUGGUAGCAUACCUCCAGGUCUUGGUACUUGUCAUAACUUGAUCUAUUUGAGUCUUGGUCAUAAUCGUCUCACUGGUUCUAUACCCCAAGAGGUUAUUGGCCUUCCAUCCCUUUCAAUUUUACUCGAUUUAACUGGUAAUGCACUCGCUGGUCCUAUUCCGUCAGAAGUCGGUUUGCUGCAAAAUCUUGUAGAGUUGGAUUUGUCUGACAAUAGAUUAUCUGGCAUGAUUCCAAAUACAAUUGGCAAGUGUUUGAGUUUGGUACGGCUUCACCUGGAGGGAAAUUCAUUCGAUGGAGAGAUACCUCAGAUUUUCUCUGUUUUACAAGGUUUACAAGAGCUGGACAUUUCACGCAACAAUUUUUCAGGGCAAAUUCCAGAUUCUUUAGCUCAACUUGAUGGGCUGAACUAUUUGAAUUUGUCUUUUAAUCAACUCCAAGGGAUGGUUCCAAAACAUGGAAUCUUUUUAAAUUCAAGUGCAUUUUCGUUUUUGGGAAACAAUGGUCUUUGUGGAGGCAUAACUGCGCUGAAGCUUCCUUCUUGCCCGAUUCCAAACUCCAAGAAGAACCACUCUUUGGCACUGAAAGUAAUAAUCCCAAUAGUUGUUUCAGCAAUAUUUUUGGCUCUAUUGUUGGGUUCCUCAAUCUUCUGGCAUCAGAAAAGAAUUUCCAGGCAGGAAAAUAUUACCAUGCCAUCAUUUCAUCAACAAUUUUUGAGAAUAUCCUAUGCUGAACUCUUCAAAGCUACAGAUGGAUUCUCUAUGACCAACAUAAUUGGUGUUGGUAGCUAUGGCUCUGUCUAUAAAGGAAUUCUUGAGCAAGUAGGAAUACAAGUGGCCAUCAAAGUGCUAAACCUGCAACGAAGAGGAGCUUCAAGUAGUUUCAUGUCAGAAUGCCAAGCUCUUAGAACCAUCAGGCAUCGAAAUCUUCUGAAGCUAUUGAGCGUCUGCUCUAGCAUCGAUUUUGAAGGUAAUGAUUUCAAAGCUCUGAUAUAUGAAUUCAUGGUGAAUGGGAGCCUGGAGAAAUGGCUGCACGCUCAUGAUGUGGGAGAAGAUGGACAAGAAGGAGAAUCAGGAAAUCUGAAACUAAUAGACAGACUAAACAUUGCCACUGAUAUUGCAACUGCAAUAGAGUAUCUUCACAAUGGUAGCUUAUCAACAAUUAUGCAUGGUGAUCUAAAGCCAAGUAAUGUUCUUUUAGAUGAGGAGAUGACUGCCCAUAUUGGAGAUUUUGGCCUGGCUAAGAUUGUCUCAUCAAUUUCUGGUGAGGUCCAUCAGUAUCAAAGCAGUUCUACAGCAAUCAAGGGAUCUAUUGGCUAUGUUGCUCCAGAGUAUGGCAUGGGUGACCCAGUUUCUACAGAAGGAGAUGUAUAUAGUUAUGGGAUUUUGUUAUUGGAGAUGUUUACAGGAAAGAAACCAACUGAUGAAUGUUUUAAAGAUGAUCUAAAUCUUCAUACUUUUGUUGAGCAAUAUUUGCCUUACAGAGUGAUGGACAUUAUGGAUCCAAGAAUUGCUGUAUUUGAUGAUGGAGGGAGCUUCAAAGACUGCAUCAUCUCUGUGCUGAGAAUUGGAAUUGCAUGCUCAAUGGAGCAACCAGGAGAAAGAAUGAAAAUGAUAGAUGUAAUUAGUGAAUUGGUGAAGAUCAGAGCUCUUCUAUCGAGAGAAGACUCAAGGGAGUAAUUAAAUAGAGUACAUUUGGUUUAAAUAAAUUUCACAAAAUGGAAUGAAAUCAUUUAAUUUUAGUUUAAAUUAGUCA